AUGGAACGGUCAUAUGAGAACAAUCGCAAUACUCGGAGGCGCAGAGCUGACAAAGGCAGAAGAAGUUGGACUAAGCACGAGGAGGAAGUUCUUAUUGUUGCAUUGAAAGAGGUUGUUGCAAAUGGUUGGAAGUCAGAAAAUGGCUUCAAAACAGGGUUUCUCCAGGUUUUAGAGCAAGACUUGGCUAGAAAACUACCAGGUACUGAUUUGAAAGGAACUCCCCACAUUAACUCAAAGAUCCAUGUCUGGAAGAAGGAUUACAGUAGCCUCGUCUCCAUGCUCUCUAGGACGGGCAUUGGAUGGAAUGAUACGACUAAAAUGAUUGAUGCAGAUGAUGAGGCAUGGGCAUCAUACGUAAAGGAAGCAGGGGGUGUGUUACCGGAUGAAGUUGAAGUGGUAGCAGAUUUGGGUGGAGAUGAUCCUGACUGGAUGACGUCUGAAUCAGAAAGUCAAGCACAAGGAUCAACUUCUACUGCGAAAAGUAAAGGAACAAAAAGAAAGUCCACACAAGCAAAUGAAGAUAUGACCUCUGUGUUUCGCGAUUUCUGCACUGAAACUGGGGUACGUUUACGUGAGAUUGCGCAGAAAAUAGGUUAUGAAUAUGAUGUCUCUGCUGCUCGGAAAGAGGUGUAUUGUGAAGUGGGGAAAAUCAUGGGCUUAAAUAUGCAAGAGAAGUUGUUAGUGUGUAAGUUGCUUGUGAGAAAUACUGAGGACUUGGAACUAUUCUUCAGCUUGCCGAACGAUGCAAAAGCAGAAUUUGCACGAAUGAAACUAGCUGGUAAUAUUUAG